AACGAGGAGUACCGGCGGAUGACCCGCAACAUCACCGGCCAGGAGAUGAACGGGACACUGGCUGAAUUUGGGAGGCAAGUUCGCUCCGUUAAAGCCGUUGUCAUCACUGUAUUCAACUUCAUUGUCACCGUGGUGGCCGCCUUCGCCUGUACAUACCUGGGCAGCCAGUACGUCUUUGUGGAGACGGCGCCGCGCGUCCUGUCGGCAGUCAUUGUGGCCUCGGUGGUUGGCUUGGCCGAGCUGUACGUGAUGGUGCGGACCCUUGAAGGGGACCUGGGGAAACUGUAA